GCACUUCAAAUGUUCGCCGCUAGGUGACAGUAGACCCGUAGUAGCGAGUUUGGCAACCAUGAAGAUGGCUGAUGGAUCCACUAUUUUAAGGAGAAAUAGGCCUGGGACAAAAGCGAAGGAUUUCAGUCGUUGGCCAGAUGAACCGUUCGAAGAAAUGGAUAGCACACUUGCUGUACAGCAAUACAUUCAGCAACAGAUACGAAGAGACCCAGCAAAUAUUGAUCUUAUUCUCACCCGGCCAGAAUCGCAGGAUGAAGGCGUUUGGAAAUACGAACACUUAAGGCAAUUCUGUAUGGAGCUAAAUGGUUUGGCAGUUCGUCUUCAGACUGAAUGCCAUCCAGAAACAUGUACACAGAUGACAGCUACGGAACAGUGGAUUUUUCUGUGUGCUGCUCACAAAACUCCAAAGGAAUGCCCAGCCAUUGAUUACACGAGGCAUACGCUAGAUGGAGCAGCUUGUUUGUUAAACAGUAACAAGUAUUUUCCUAGCAGGGUAAGCAUCAAGGAAUCAUCAGUUGCAAAACUUGGCUCCGUAUGUCGUAGAGUAUACAGGAUUUUCUCACAUGCAUACUUUCAUCACAAAACUAUAUUUGAUGACUUUGAGAAUGAAACGUACCUGUGUAGGCGAUUUACAGCAUUUGUUACAAAAUAUAAUCUCAUGUCGAAAGAUAAUCUCAUUGUUCCAAUCCUUGAAGAUGAAGGCAGUGGAGAGACGGAUGCUUAGGAAUGCAAAUAAUGGAGAUCGUGUGGAUUAUAGAAAUGGAAUGAAGGUUCAUGGCACGAGGCCUAGGUGACCGAGCAGUGUGUUGUAUUGUACCACACUGAUGAAGUAUGAUCAGAACACAUUUCUUGUGUCUCAUUCCUUAGGAAAAUUGAAAGAUAUGGUGACCAUUCUUCUUGUAUUUAAAGAGAAAGCAUUCUUGUCAAUCCGUUGGAAUAUAACCCAGAUGACUUUCGUAGGUUUCACUACUACCCCAUGAAGAAUGUGUUACAGAAUCUUCUGGCAACUGCCAUGAACUGGUAACAUUAUGCAAUACUCAGCUAUUUAUAAUAUAGCUUCAGGUAGGAGCUGGUGACUAUACUUUGUAUACAUGCGGCAGGACCAAGUAUAUCCGGCCAUUAUGCCUUUUUGGUGCUGUGCACCACUCAUUAAUAAUUCUCCCUGUCCUGUCUAGCAGUUAGAACAGGAUAGAACUAAUACAGGUACUUUCACCAUGUGCUGUCAUAAUUUCAUAGGGAAGAAUGUCAUAACAUUGUAGUCACAUUCAUUCAAUUUUAUAUUUACUCUUUGUUUGCUGCUGAUAUGACACUUCAUUGAACAUAAGUUGAUCAGAAUUUAGGAUAAAUUUAUUUAUUUAUUACAUGUUGGUAUAAUAGAUAUGAGAUCAUACAUGUCAGUCACAUAGAAACUAAAAGUUUUGCAAAGUUCUGUGAUUUGCUUUUACUUUCAGUUUAUUGCCAAAGUUUUUAUUAGUCAUUGCCUGAAAAUACUUGUGUACAGAGGGUGAGUCAGUAAUAAUCUGCAUCCAUUUCUUUAAUUAGUAAAAGCAACUGAAAGAAAAGCAUAAUCCAAGAGUUUUUCAUUUUCCUUCCUGCUUUCCAGCAUGCUUGUGUAACAAGCCAGAUGCUGGUAUUUACUGCCAAAUAAACCAUUGAUUCUCCCUUCAUCCAUACAUAUUGAUAACUUCCAGCAGUAGGUAUUUUUUAAAUGGAGCUAAUAGGGGAUAACUAAAGGGAUUCACUAUGAACUAUGUAUUCUGAUUUAUGAAUGCCACAGAACAGAAAUACAUGAACAAAUUACCAUAGCUCUUGAGAUUGUGUAGAUUAUAUUUUUCUACGUACUCUCAUUCAUUCACUCACUCAUUCUGAAUUGGUCAGAAUAGUGGCCCCAAAAAUAAUAGAUAGCUUAAAGAUUGAACUCUGUAAGCUGUUGCAGUAUAAACCUCAUAUGUCUGUUAUUUAUAAUUUGAAACAUACGAUUAGAAGUAAAUUGCAUUCUGUCGGUUAGUUUGUUAAUGGCCACUGUUGAGGUUGGUUUGUUCUCUAUGCAUGUGAAAACAUUUUGAUUCGAUGAAGGCCUUGUUAGAGCGACUUCAGUUACUGAUGUACCUUUGGAAAAUAAUGAAGGAGAAAGAAAGAGGGGAAGUGUGUUAUUUAUUUCUAUUAACAGUCAGCUCAAAUUAUUAGUGGUGAUAUUCACAAAGGAAACUGAGUGAUGCUUUUGAAAUUUUAAAGCAAUGAGGGAAGUGCCAUAUAUGAAAAUGUGCGUGUUAAAAGCAGUGCUGUGAACCUAAAGGACUGUAAUAGAGAUGUGGAGAAUUAAUGACUCACCAUCAUAUUAGGGUUUUUUCAGCAUAUGUGACUGUGUCAUUUUAUUAAAAGUUAUUUCAUAGUGUAAACACAUUUCUUUAAAAGUAUACUUUGUUAGUUAAAUCCAGUACAGCACAAUAUUAAAGCUACAGUUGAAAUAUACAUUUGAUAUUGAAUAUAAAUACCAGUUCUUUUAAAAAUUCUUUGGAGUUCUUCAUAUUUCUGACAUUGGCAUCUCGGAGCAUUAGUCGAGCAUACACAUCUGUGAUAAGCUAGAGUUGUCAGAUUUGUAAGUCAGUUAUUUAUAUUCAUUUUAAUAGUUUUUGUUUCUAGGUGCUCUGUAUGAGCUAGUUACAAAGGUGAAAAACAACCAAUAAGAAUAAGAAAUAAUUGCAAAACUUUAUGUGACUUAUCUAGUUUUUUAAAUUUUACACUCUUUUUGAUCUCUAUACAGUUCUCAGUACUGAUUCCAACAUAUGUUUUCAGCAGGCACAUCUAAUUUUAUAAAUCCCAUGUUAUCACAAAAAUCUUCAUGCAUAUAAUUUUAUUGUACAUGUGUAUGUUUAUAUAAGUAACUGUUAACAUAUUUUUUCAAUUCAAAUGUACAUGUGUAGACAAAAUUGUUGGUACAACUGACUCCCCUGUAAAGAAUAACUAAUGAAUACAUAUUGAAUUCAGUUGGUAAAACAAUUUGAUACUGAUUUCAUUAUCAUGAACAUUCUAAGACCUAUGCGUGUUCACUGCCUGAGAUGUGUAGGUGGUAACUUAAUAGGGACCAGUACAGACUUUUCUUUCUUUACACUAUUUUUAAUUUUUUAAAUUUAUUUUAUGUAAUAAAUUCUUUCACAGUGUU